AUGCUCAAGGAGAUGUCGGCUGGGUGCGAGUCGGCUCGGUCGGAAGUGUCCUUGAUUGAGGCGUUCGAGCGAGUGAUUGCGAAACUGGAUGCCGCUGCGGCGGAAGGACGAGCCGACUCGGAAUACUCCCGCUUCAAGAAAUGGGAACAGCUGUGGAAGAGUGACACAUCGUCCACAGACAGAGUGAACGAGGUCAAUGAGGGUAUUUUGAUGCCCCUGGCCCCUCAACCAGCUGGUUCCUGGAGACCCUCCGACGGUCCACCGCAGAGAGAAGGCACCGUUCCUAUACCCUUGUACACACCUUUCCUCGGCAUGGACGGCCAUCUUGUUUAA